ACAUGUGUAAGGGUAUGCAAAUCAUGGAUCAGAGCACAUGAGAACCUUUGAUGGAUGGAUGACUGGAGUGUGGAGCUGUCCAUUUGGAACUCUAAGUCUUGAGUCUCUCACACACUCUGUCUUUCUCUUUCUCUGUGUAGCAGUCCAGCACAUAGACCUUCAUGUGACCAAUCAGUCUGGCCCGCUGCUGGCUGUGGAGCCAGCACAGGGCCUUGUGCUGAGAUGGCGUGCUCACGGGAUUCCGCUGCGUACCGCAAAGUCCAAGAUGGCUGACAUGCACUACUUGGCCAAUGAACUGAAUGCACUUGGUGGGGGCUCGGACAUGGUGGUGGUCUUCACGCUCUGGGCCCAUUUCACCACCUUCCCCGUGGAUGUAUAUGUGCGGCGGGUGCAUGGCAUUCGGCAGGCUGUGGCACAGCUCCUGGCCCGCAGCCCCCAGACUACCGUAGUCAUCAAGUCAGCCAACACAGGAUACAAGUCUGUCUAUGGCAGUGACUGGCUCUCCCUGCAGCUGGACAACAUCCUUCGUGCCAUGUUUGCAGGCAUGAGAGUGGCCAUUGUUGAUGCCUGGGCCAUGACCUCCUGCCACUACCUGCCUGAUAACGUCCAUCCUGACAAGGUCAUUGUGCAGAAUGAGGUCAACACCUUCCUCUCCUAUGUCUGUCCAGGGAAGUGACUCAGAAUGGAGCAGUCUUGGUACAGCAGAAAUAGAGCACAUGGAAAAUUCUACAAUGAUGAGGGAUCUCCAGAGAGCAUCUUGACAUGUGCAAGGGGAGGUUGGU